AUGGCUCUAUAUGACAUUUUAUGUAUGGCGGCUAAAUCUUAUAUCGAUGUGUUGGAAAUGAACGAAGUUUUCGAAGAGGUCGAUGGACGUUUUGAUUUCUCAGGCACUCUCAUUGUUUACCAAGUAAACUCUGAGCUGCAUCACGCAUUCUCGAAAGCUCGCUAUUCCUCGCCUUCAGAAGUCAACGCAAAACACUUUAGAAGUGACAUUCGAAUUCCCGUCUCGGCCUACAAUCCGUUAUUCCCAUUUAACUUGACACGUGCACCCGACUCAAUCCCGAACGACGCAUUUAUCAAAAGACCUCGGUUAAUCAGUUAUGAUCGGAUUUGCGAGGGGCCCCAAUCGAAUUUGAUUGCAGAAUCUCUCCUUAGAGAAGCAUACGUUUGUGAGCUUCUAACGGAACAUAUGCAUCCCAAUAUCGCCUCAUAUCUCGGUUGCCAGGUUUCUAAUGAGGUGAACCCAAACAACUUCAUGAAGAGAAAAUCCAGAGCUAUGCGUCAAACAACAAAGGACUACAGCAAUGUCAUAGCCGGAAUUGAGAGUGGCAUUAGGCAUCUUCAUUCUUUGGGGUUGGUCCAUAACGAUAUCAAUCCAAGCAAUAUCAUGCUUGAUGGUGACCAGGCGGUUAUAAUAGACUUUGGUUCUUGUCGUCCAGUGGGAGAAAGUUUACAAGAUGUUGGUCGUACGUACGAAUGGUAUGAUGAGAAAGUCGAACAAUCCAUUCCCGAAAACGACCUUUCUGCCUUGGAGGAGAUUCGAAUAUGGCUAGGUGAUAAGUCGCAUGAAUUUCAAUUUAGCGAGUAG